UCAACAGCUGCCUAGGCUCCAUAUUAAAGAUCAAAUGGACAACCAAGAAGAAUCAUCAUCAAGAAACUCUGGCAACAAGCUAUAAGAACUCUGACUUCUAUAUACGGUAUCUCGUUCCAAGACCGCAAAUUUGAUAUUUUUGUAGUACCGUGGUCUGGAAAUUAAGCUUUUCAACUAAUCUCCCCCGUGACCUUGAACAAUUCAAUUUUCCCGUAUUACGGAUGACAGAUGGGGAGUUUUUGUGUCCUUUUAUGUUUCUUACUUAUUCAUUUCCAAUUUGCCGUAGUAAACGUGGCCCUAAAGAGUCGUAAUCAGCCAGAGGAAGGUGACUUAGCACGCGGUGUCCCGCCAGAGUCAGAUCACAAAGUCGUUGUUAAUGACUCCAUCGAAGAUGUACCUAGAUCUAGUGAGUCCGAACCACCCAAUGUUACACCGGAUAUUGAAGAGAUGCAUGCCAGUCAGCCAGUCAUUCCUGAACCAUUGGUUUCCACAGACAGUCAAAAGUCUACAGACAAGGUUACUUCAGAUGGAUCUAUUUCAUCUACUAAUUUGCAAGAACCAGUCAAAUCUGUUCAUGGAGAUGUUAGGGGAUCUAUAUUGACGGAACUACCAUCAUUGGAUUCGGUAGCUGCCGAGAGCAUUAAUACACAUGAAAUUCCAACUUUCAAUGAGUUUCAUGCUAUGGUUUCUGAAGGAGCUCAGUCUCGCAAAAGUCAAGGUACGGAAGUUGGUGAAGACAAUGGGCCUAAAUCCGAAUAUGUUCUAGACGCUGAGGAGAGCAUCAAAAAUGCAUUGGAUUCUCAAACAUCAGACAAAGCAUCCCAAGUACAUGUCGAUACUAAUCCUUCAGUCAAAACAAUCAAAGGUCAUGGCAUCAAAGAAGCACUACUAGGUGACGGCACAGUUGCAACAGACAGUAGCAAUAUACCGUCAAAUAGUGUGAAGACUGAUUCACACUUAGAACAACAAUAUCAAUCGUUGAAGGGAAGUUCAGAUUCGGUGCCGGACGAUGAGACAAAUUCGAAGGUGAAUUCUCCUGUUACUCCUGAACCAAUAGUCACCAGAACAACAGUUCAUACGCCGAACAAAGGUGAUGUAACCUUGAGGAGAAACGUUGCUUCUGUAGCUUGUGGCGCAAAAAUGUUAGGUUCUAGUAAAGCUAUUAAAAAUCCAGAAGCUGUACUUAAUGAGAAUAAUGAUGAAUACAUGAAUGUUCCGUGUAGUGAAGAGAAAUGGUUAAUCUUGGAAGUUUGUCAGCCUGUUCAACUUAGAACAAUAGAAUUGGCAAAUUUUGAAUUAUUUUCAUCUCGAUUGAAGUCGUUCAGAGUUUAUGCUAGUGAUCGAUAUCCAGCAAAGUCAUGGGAGUUGAUUGGUACAUUCACUGCUCGAGAUGUUAAAGGUAUACAGUCUUUUAGUGUGACAAGUGGAAAAAUGAUCAAAUAUAUCAAGUUUGAAUUAACAGAACACUAUGGUUCAGAACAUUAUUGUCCAUUGACUAUGAUCAGAAUAUUCGGUUUAGGCUCUGAUGAUUUAGACGAUGAUGACGAUGAUGAUGAUAUUGUUGAUGUUGGUAUGGUGAAUAUCCAAGGCAUGCGUAAUAAUCACAAGUCUAUUGGUGUUGUUGGCGGUGAUAACAACAAUACAGCUGAAGGGUAUGAAAGUGUCAAGGUUCUAGGGAACGAUGCAAAUAAUUCACCAGAAUCGAAUGUUCCUCCUCAUCAAUCCAGUGAAGAUGAUAGUUCUGUUUCACCCUCCUCAUCACCAUCAUCAUCACCAUCCAGUAAUGAGGUGAAUGUCGAUUUCCAACAGAAUCAUUCAAAAUCGAAUGAAUUAGAGCCUUCAAUAACUCCUUCACCGUUUCGAACUACUGAAGAUAAUCAAAAUCUUGAUAGUAUCAGUAAAUCAUCAGAUGAAAAUAAUGAUAAUAAUAAUAAUAAUAAUAAUGCCGAUCGAUUUAUCGAUCAUUCAGUGUUAUUCUCUACUUCAGCGAAGAAUCAACAAGAUAAGAGUAUGCAUUCAUCAUCAAAAGGUGAUAAGUAUUUGAGUUUUUCUAAGAAUAACGGAUUCUGUUUGAAUAAUCGGUUGGAACGAUUAUUACAUAAACCUUAUUGUUUAGCUUUAUCUUAUCGUCAAUACCAUAGUGGUGAUGCUGAGAAGAGAUCUUCUCCGCCUACUUGUCAUACCACAAAGCUGUUGAAUACUGUCAAUCCACCAACUGGAAAAUCUCAUCUCCCUAUAAUACCUACCACUAAAACUACAACUACAAAAUCUACAACACAGAAGAAAGGCUCUAUUCUAGUCGCUAAUGAUGAGGUGAAGAAAACCUCGCCAAAUAAUAAUUUAACACUACAAUCACGUAAUAAAACAUUCAGUCAAGUGGUUGAUGAAAUCAGUAUUGUCUCUCGGUUGACAAAUGCUGUAAAACAUGCAGUGUUUGGAACAUUUUCACAGUUUUUCACGUCUAUGCAACAAGACUCCAGUACAAAUUAUUACAAUCCACUUGAAAUGAUGCCAACAUCAGAGCAUUAUACAAUUAUCAGCUAUCUAUUCAGUCAACAAGGUUUUACAAAUCGUCUCUGCAAAGAUUCAUUAGCCUAUUUAACAGUUAAUCAAAUUGAAGGAUUAUGGCAAUUAAAAUCAUGCCUUAUAUCACUGAAUGAAAUUUAUACCCUAUACUAUAAUAAUAUGCAAACAUCAUCAUCAUCGGAUGAUAAUAAUAAUAAUAUUGAAAAUUUUCUUCUCUGGUUACAAACAAUUCAUGCCUCAAAAUUAGAUAAAUGUCAACAAGCUGUGAAACAAUUGAAUUUAACACUUUUUUUCAAUUAUCAACUAUUAGAUUAUUAUGAUAUAGACAAGAGUAUUCUGCACAUGUUUAUAGCUUAUCAGCAUAUACAAAGGAAUCGAACUAGGCGACAGUUGAAUUUCAUUGGUUCACAAGACUUUUCAUUGAAUGAUUAUAACAAUAAUAAUAAUGAUGAUGAUGUGGAAGAGGGUUAUGGUGUUUGUUAUUCUGUUAAUUGGCAGUGGAUACAGUUGAAUAAAAUUUUGUGGUAUAGACCUACAACAAAUAAGUGUUCUAAAUUACCAUCAUUCCUGUCUUCAAGUGAACACACUGAUUCGUCGUCAUCUAUGCCUGAUUCAGUUUAUUCGGAUACUCCUGAGGAGAAUGAUGAAAAGCAGUUACUAGGGAAUAAUAAUUUUCAAUCUACUGAUAAUUUUGUUAUCGGUCGGAAUAUGAAGUCAUCAUCAGAUCAUCGUCGAUUACCAACGCGUAAAAUUGAUCGUCAACAUCCUAAUUUAGCUGUAGUUGUACCAGCUGAUUUAGGUGGUUCACGAAGAUCUACAGCUUAUAUGCGUUUAAAUAAUCGUGUUCGUAUUAUUGAGCGUAAUGUUUCAGUCAGUAUGAGGUAUUUAGAAGAAUUGAGUCAAAGUUAUCGUCGUCAAAUGGAACGUUUAUCACGGUCAUUCAAUCUUACUUAUGCUUGGUUAAAGGUAACAGCUCAUGGCGCUGAAGAACGUGAUCGUCAACAACAGAUUCGUAUUACACAACUAGAAGCACAGUUAAAUGAGAUUACAGCACGUUUGACAGCCAUUUCUAAUCAACCGGAUUCAUCAUCAUCAUCACCGUCGACUCCCACUAUGACUACUGCUACCACUACUCCCUCUCCUUCGUCGACAUCAUCUGAAUCCUGUAAUUCAGUAUCAGCUGGAUCAAAAUCAAGCCAUUUAGUUAAUCCAUCAAUACCACCACCAUUACCUGAUUUUGAAAGUUCCCCUGAGUGGAAUCCAUGGUUGAAAACACAAAAUGAUGAUUGGGACGUUGUUGUUGUCGGCACUGGUGGUGGUGGUGGUGGGGGUGAUGAUGCUGUUAACAAUGAAGAUGAUGGGGAAUUUGAAUCAGAUGAUGAUGGUGGGGGUGACACACCAGCACAUGAACACGAGGAUAUUUAUUCACCAAGAUAUAAUGGUAUUCCGUCAUUGUCUAAAAGUCAAAAGUCAACAACAGAAUCAUCGAGUGGUAGUAGUAGUAGUAGUAGAAGUCAUCAUGUCGGUGAGGCUAGUGGUAUCGGUGCGACCAGCAGGAGCAGUGGCAAUAGUCCUAAUGUCUACAAUUCAAAGUCUUUAUUCUAUCCAUAUGUGUCAGCUCAUCAUCAUCCUCAUACGCAUAAGGAUCUAUCGUCGAAUUGGAAACAGUUGAUUUACAAUUGGCUAUGGAUACAAUUCACUUGGCCUAUAAGUUUAUACGAUUUAGGCGUAUAUAUGCAUAAAACAUGUCAAGCGAAUUCUGUAACUUGCAGUGCUUUCAGUUUGAUUUUUCUACACUUACUGUUAGCAGCUAUAUCACACUUAUUCAUCUAUUGGACAUGGCUUCGACCGUAUAAUAUUAAAAGUCAUAAAAAUAAAUUCAGCACAGAAGCCUUAGUAUUAUCGUCAUCAUCGUCAUCGUCACCCUCAUCUUCGUCGUCAUUAUAUCGAAUAUUAUGCUCACAUAUAAAUAAUCCUAAUGCAAAUAAUUUAAUUUUAUGCUAUACACCAAAUCAUUUAUCAGAGAAUCAUAGUGAUAACAAUCAAUGUGUUAAUGUUUCAUUGCUUCCUCCGUCGUCGUCGUCGUCGUCUACUAAUUAUUCUACUGCUAAAAGUGAAUUUCAUGAAAAUAAUGAGUUAUUAUUAUCAUUGAAGGAAGGAAAAUCUCUGCAAAAUUUAACAUCAAAUGUGUCAACAUGUUGUUAUUGUUGUUGUCAUUGUUCUUGUAAAUCAUCACUGGCUUCAUCUUGUAUCGCUUCCUCUGCAUCCGCCUCGGCCUCCUCAUCGUCAUCUUCAUCUUCGUCAACUGUAGCUGAGGCAGUGAAGAUAGCAUCGAUAGCAUCAACUAUUUCACCAAUGAAUCAUGCCUAUCAUUGUAAUCAUUCAAUGCAAAAAACUAAUGCUAUCAUCAUCAAUAAUAAUAAUAAUAAUCCUGUAUUCAAGUCAAGUGAACAGGUUUUUAUCGAAAUUUACAAUGAUAAGGAUAAAAAUGGGAUUAUCAAUAAAAUAAAUAAUAAUGAUAAUAUGCAUACAACAUGUUGUAUGCAUGAUAAUAAUAAUAAUCAAACUAAUCGCUUUAUAUGUGAUCAUUCUAAUGAUAAGGAUUUCUAUUCUGCUGAGAUUAUAAAGGAAAUGAAUAUACCGCCUUCAAAUGUGAGUAUUGUAAAUGGCAAGUGUAAACCGUUAUCAAUGGAUCGGGGUGGAAUUUCACAAUCAUAUCAAUCGAUAAUUGUAUCUAAUAGGUGUUAUGAACAGCAGCACCUGCGGCAUCAGCAGCAACAACAACAACAACAACAGUUUUCAUCAUUACCUGAACUGUCGACAUCAUCAAUACAGUUAAACAAUCAAAUUCGAAAUUGUAAAAGAAAUUGUGAUGUACAGUCUAUUUCUCGAUUAAAAAGUCAUGAAUAUAUGAAGUGUACAAAUUGUCAUCCAUCGAUGCAAGUGAAUUCGUCGUCCACAUCGUCGUCAUCAGCACCAGCAUCGAUUUCACCGUUACCUUUACCUGACAACAUGUUCAGUAACAAAAAUACUAUGGAUGCUAAAGAUUCGAAACAUAACACAAACGGAUUAACUUCGAUUCAUCAAUUAUCAGGUCAUUUCAAUUCAGUAUCGUCGUCAGCGUCAACAGUGUCAGCAUCAUCAUCAUCAACCCUACAGAAAAAACAUUCACGACCGAAUAAAAAACGUAGGAGACGAAAAUUAGAAAAUAAUAAAGAUGUUACUACCUUAUUGUCAUGUAAAUUAUAAUUUUCUUCCCUAUUUUCUUUAUCUUUUAUGUUCAUGUCAUUUGUUCCUCAUUUCAUUUGACUUAAUGAUUAAUUGAUUUUUGUAUAAUAAAACAUUUCAAAUUUGUAUUUUAUGUUCUCUCUCCCUCCCUCUCUCUCUCUCAAAAAUAUCUACACUCAUCAUUUUUGCUUUUGAUUAUUCUUGUCCACUGGGUGGGGGGAUGGGGUAAAUUCUGUUUUCCCUUAUUUUCUUGAAUAUAUUUUCUUGUAAACUAGCCAAUUGUACAGAUUGAUUAGUGAUGAAUAGAAAUUAGGUUAUCAAUUUUUUACCUUCUUAAUUUAUUGAUUAAUUGAUUGAUUGCUAUCUCUUUUUCAACCCUUCUACAUCGUCGUCUUCUUCUUCUUCUGUGCUAUUUCUUUUCCUGAUGAACAAGCAUAUCAGAUUUGUGAACCCUUUUCAGAUAGGGAUGCUUUAUAUAUAUAAAUAUGUGUGUAUGUAUGUGUGUGUGUGUGUAUUAUUUACUUUUAUGAUUUUUAUGUUUCAAUGUGUUUGUUUGUUUGUUCAAUUUCUUGUCAAUAUGCAUUAUUCUUGUAUUAUUAUGAUUAUGAUUAUUACUACUACUAGUAUUAUUAUUCUGGAUAACAGAUUCAACAUUCCAUCGAUCUCUUCAACGGUAUUCUUUCUUUUUGUCUUCGUAUUUUAAUCCUACUCUUCAGGUGGUAGGUAGGUGUGUGUGGUUGUGUGUGUGUGUGCGGACACGCUGACUUUCAAUCGGAACUUUGACGUGUUGUCUAUAUAUGACUGACUUGUUUAUUUUUCUUUAUUUUUGUCUAAAAGUUUCUUCUAAACAAGAGGAAUGCACACACAGACAUAGAGACACAAAGGGUGCCAGGAAAAUUACUCAUUGUAUUUAUUUGUAUAAUUGUUACACACUGUGACACACACACACAUGCACACAUUCAUUUAUGUAUAGAUAAACCGAGUAUCUUUCUUCAAUUUUAAAAAAAAUGUUUACUUCUAGGUAGAAGGGGGUGGGGGUUGAAGGCCAAGAUAUUCUUGUUUUUAUUUUCUUUUGUUUGCUGUGCAAAUUAUAAAACUUUGUGUAUACUGUUUGUGUUUUCUUUGUGUGUGUGUGUGUGUGU